GGGCCUUCCGUCCUGAAGCGGGAGCCGGGGGCGGGGCCGGGGCGCCGUUGUCGGCGGGAGGAAGAGGGAGGAGACGGGAAGCCUGACAGCGGACGCCUCCGCCAGGCGCCCGCCGCCUCCUCCCCUGAGACUGCCGCCAACUCUGCUGUCGAGUUCUCGGGCCCGCGGCCGGCGGCUGGGUCUCGGCCCUGCCCAGCUAGCGGGGCAAGGAUUGUGGGGCGCCAGCGUGCUGAGCUUGGCGAGGGAGGAGGGAGUCUAGACGCCGGGAACGUCCCGCGCCCCGCCUUGCCCUCCCCCUCCCGAACCCUUGGGCCUGGGGCGCGCGCGGAGGUGCAAAGCGGGGUAGACAACUGAGAAAGGACUGGGUUGAGGAGUGUUGAGUAAAGGCAUGACUUCCCGGCACCGCAGGGAAAAUAGGGUGCAAGCCCAGAAACUAUUUCCCCAUCACCACUUGUUGAAAAACUGAUUGGAAAGCAUCUCCGUGUUUGAACAAUCGAAAGUUCCAGGAUUUCCAUCGUCUCUGGUUUUGCUCUGGAGACCUUUCACUGCUAAGUAUCAAGACGAAAAAACUGGAAACUGAUCGGAACCUUAUUCAGAGUCAGAAUGGAAAGGUUUGUAGUAACAGCACCACCUGCUCGAAACCGUUCUAAGACUGCUUUGUAUGUGACUCCCCUGGAUCGAGUCACUGAGUUUGGAGGGGAGCUGCACGAAGAUGGAGGAAAACUCUUCUGCACUUCUUGCAACGUGGUUCUGAAUCAUGUUCGCAAGUCUGCCAUUAGUGACCACCUUAAGUCAAAGACUCAUACCAAGAGGAAGGCCGAAUUUGAAGAGCAGAAUGUGAGAAAGAAGCAGAGGCCUCUAACUGCAUCCCUUCAGUGCAACAGUACUGCGCAAACAGAGAAAGUCAGUGUUAUCCAGGACUUUGUGAAAAUGUGCCUGGAAGCCAACAUCCCACUUGAGAAGGCUGAUCACCCAGCAGUCCGUGCUUUCCUGUCUCGCCAUGUGAAGAAUGGAGGCUCCAUACCUAAGUCAGACCAGCUGAGGAGAGCAUAUCUGCCUGAUGGAUAUGAGAAUGAGAAUCAGCUCCUCAACUCACAAGAUUGUUGACAAGGAGGUUACCACCAUUGUGAUCAAGAUAAAUGUGGAGUAUUAAAGUUAUGUGUUGAUUGUGUGGUUCAUUUUUAUAUUUAUUUCAUUUAAAAUCAUGUGAUGCAGAAUAGUUUUGCAAUGUGUAUAUAGUUGCAGGCAAAAAAACAAAAAACAAAAAAAAAAAACCUCACUGCAAAACUUACUGUUAAUUUUAGUCACCAAUGGUGUAAAGCAAAACUUAGGGUUUAGAGUGUGCUAGGAUACCUGAAACCUGAUGGUUAUCUUUAAAAUUGAUGGUUUUUCUCCUGAAAUGUUUGUGCAUGGAAGAACUGCCCUGCUUUUUUACCCUGUUGCCAUAUAUGAUUAUUCCUUGUGAGAUUACUUAAUUACUUGGAUUGAACACUAGCCUAGGAAAGUGAAGCUGCUGCCAGGCAACACCACUCACAGUAACUUAAAGGAAUUAUAUCUGAUUAGAGGAUCCUCUUCAAAAAGGAAGGGAUGGUGGGAAACUGUUCUAUCUUCUGAUCCCUCGCAGAAAUGACUGUCUUUAUUUCAAACUGUGCUUGUGUAUGACGAAGUUACCUUAUCUAUCCUUCAGUUCCUCACUGUCUUUUUUCGCCCUUUUUAAAGGCUUAUUGUAUUUAGUAGCAGCUUCAAGUGACCAAAAGACUAAAAUCGUUCUUUUAAUGUCAGUGCCAGAAGCCAUGGGGAAUUUUGCAGUGACAUGAUUUUAGUCUCUUAUUAUAAACAAAUUUUUGAACCAUAGUUUUCAUUUCAAGCAUCAUCUUGAAUUUGCAAGCUUUUUUUUUUUCAAUAUCUUGAUGUUAAAAGAUUUAAAGAUUGGCAUUUUAAUUUAUAGACAUUUUAUGAUUGAGUUUCCUGUUUUUACAGAAAACUAGUAAUUACCUUUUGGCUGACAGAUCAGAUAAUAAGGAAAUUACUUUCUCUACAUUAAUGUUUCCAUAUGAUUUAUAAGACUUUAGGUAAAUAGAAACAAGUUAACUUUCACUUUUAUGUGCUUUGCCUCUGGUGGUGCAAGGUUUUUAAACAUGGAUGGUAAACAAUUGUCUCGAAAGACUGGCAAGGUUUUUGUAGUGGAGAUCUGGCAGUAUCCUGCAUAACUGUUUGGGUGAGGACAUAAUCAGCCCUGUUAAAGGUCACCCAUGUUCAGGAAAUGAUCUCUGCGAACCUCACUUAUCCUGUAAGUUAUAUCCUCUCCAUUGGAGACCCAAAUUAUAUUUUUUAAAACCGAAAAAACUGAAGACUUGGACUAGAGCUUUAAAAAAAAAAAAUACCUUUAAUUUCUUGAAAACAUUCAAGUUUAAAAUACUCAUGAAAUAUAUUUCUAUUACAAAGCACUAACAUGAAUGCCCUAUGUGACUUGGAGUUAUCUAUAAGGUCAUUUUACCACAAAUCUUUAAAAAAAAAAAAAAAAAGCCAAAGUGAAUAAGGUUGUAUUUUUCAGAAACAGCUUUCCAGGUCUAAGUUUUCUUUUACAGAUUUAAGUUCCUAGUUCAGGUUGUCAAAGUGCCCAUCUGAUCUUUAGAUUUUAUGUGAGUUUUUGGUUUUCAUUUUAAAACGAGCCUGCACCAAAAGCAAAUUUGCUCAUCAAAAUUUGAGUUUUUCUCCUGUUUAGUUACAUAAAGUAGCACAAUGAAUGCCUGGAGUAGUGCUGUCAUUGCUAAAGCACAUACGUGAGACCAGCAGCAAAACAUAACCAAAAUGUACUCUGCUUGUAUUUCCCCUAGUAAAGAAUUUGCAGGCAACCAUGUUUCUUUUGAAUUAUCUAAGAUGGUAGAAUAUCUAAGCAGCUAGGAAAAUAAUUGAGUUUUAUAGCAUUUCAGAACACAAAAAUAAGGUUAGAUAAACAAUCAUUCUAAUUUUUCAAAAUUCCAUGUGAUUCAGAUUGCUCCCUAUCUUAAUAUUAAUUUGCACUAACAGCAGACACGUAGUGGCAGAACAGUUUUGAGUAAUCCUAAGCAGUAAACUGGAUGAUGUUGCACAAGAAAAAACCAAUAAUUCACAUUUGAGUUUCUAGUAGUUAUUAUUGAUUUGAUGAUCAUUUAGGUCCCAUUUGUCUUAAUGUAUUUCUCCAGGCUCCUAACUAUUCCCACAUAUACCUAGGGGCAUAAUUCAUCCUCCUGUUAGGAUUAUAUCAUGUCCUUAGAAGUGUUUUCCAUCCUGUUGCGGAGGUUUAAUGUUUGUUUACUGAUUAUGAAACUUUUUUGUUCCUGGAACUGGUUAACUUUGUCUCAUAGUUAAAUUGGUAUGGCGGAAUGAUUGCUUUAGCCUGCUCAAACUGGUACAAAUCCGUGAAACCAUGGUUGGCGUAUGUUGGAUAACGAACGAAAAUGUCUAAGGCGUAUGCUGCCGUGGAGGUGUGGUGGACAUGUGUACAGAAGCUUUCAAUCUUAACUAUAUAGUGUUAGUGUGAUGCUAUACUAUUGGAAAAAUAGCAGUUUUUUUCUAUUUUAUAAGUUGUAUGCAUAAACAUAAGAUUUGUAAUGUUUCAUUUAUAAACUGCCUUCUUCAACACAUGCUUACCUGUUAAUAGUGUUUUCUUGAAGUAUGGUAGUAUGUCUUCCAGAAUUUCACUAUAUGCUUACAGUAAAUAGUUACUAGCUUGUUGAAAUGUUAAAUUCCUUGUUGUUGUUGUUUUGUUUUGUUUUGUUUUAAUUCUGUGGGGCAUAUAGCAAGCCUGAAAGACAUUGUAAUUAUUUCCUACAGGGUGAAAAUUUAGAAAGAUUGUGUAUGAGAGCCUAAAUAGUUAUUUUAUUCAUUAUCAUCUUUAAGACUUUUUUUUUUUUUUUCCAACAAAUGCUACUUCCAGUUAAUGCAUUUGGCCCUACUGAAUUUUGGGGGACCAGAAAACUUUAAAGAAAAAGCUCUGCAUCUUACACUUGUAACCAAUUAAGUAUCAGCUUGGGAUUGUUCUGAAGUAUUCAUUGCUUAAAAACUGUUGUAAGUAAAAGUUGGCAAGAUCUCCAAGCAGAAAGUUCCAUGUCAAAACUUUUGCCUGAAAGAAUUUGUAUGUGAAUGUUAAUGGAAAACACAUUUAAACAAAAUAAAAUUUAAAGUGGCCCAAAAUGAAAGCCACAAACAUUU